GAGACCCUCCGCGCAAAUUACGCAUACUAUGCUUUCCACACUUUCCCACAGAUAUCAGCCUCCUUGAUUACCAUAUUGUCAGAAGCCACGAAGCUCCUCGUUGCAGCAGCUUUCCUCAUACUUUGGACAAAGACGAGUAUAUCAGCUAGACUCGAAACGCUGAAGACAAGCGAUUCAAGUUCCACCAUGGAAGCCCUGCUCCAGUACGCUGUCCCUGCAGCAUUAUACCUUAUUAACAACCUCAUUUACUUCACCGUACUACCACAUGCGACACCGAUCUUACUACACGUCUGUAUGCUGAUGAAGCUCCCUGCCUCGGCGAUUCUCCAUCAUUACAUGAUCAAAAAGCAGCAAAACAUACACGCUUGGAUAUCACUAGCUCUACUUUGUGUAGGGUUGAUUAUUUUUAGUGUCCCUUCGAAACCACAAAACAACUCCGAAAGCACCUCUGUGCGCUGGUAUUUUGCUCCUACUUCGGGUCUGGUGAUUGCAUGUAUAUCUGCACUUGCAAGCAUCAACACCGAGAAAUUGACCAAAAUUGGAGACUUUUGGGCCUCCCAGCUUUGUCUCUAUGCCUUUGGGCUUUUGUUUUCAAUUGUCGCAUACCCACUAGUAUUCGUCUUGAACCCAGCAACAUCUUCCACAACACCAAACGAGGACUUCUUACCAGCGCUGGGAGUGUUGGUUAUCGUGACCGCACUCACAGGGCUCAUAGUUGCUGCUGUUCUACGAGCGAAGGACAACAUACUGAAAAUUAUCGGGAUUGCUACGUCGCUAAUAACAAUCGCAAUCAGUCAAUAUUUGUUUCUGCCCGAACUUCGACCGUCCAUGGUAACGGUGUGGAAGAUCUGCGGAGGGGGAGUUGUCUGUUUGACUACAUGGACCUAUAGUUACUAUAGCAAAGAACACUGGCAGCAUCCGACGGCAAGAUAUCUGCCCAUAGUCAAUGAGAGGCACGAGGAACACACAACAAGCGAGGAGUCUUUAGGCCGCGAUAUGUCCGAAAAAUCGGCAUCAGUUGGGUUCUUCGUCCCUGACGCAACGAAGGUUUUUGCGUGCACGCUUAUUAUUAUAUUUUUCACGGUAGAAAUAAAAUAUAGAAAUAUUUAA